AGGAGGAUCCCAUCUCAAACAGGUUGGAGGAGUUGGUUGUUUUCGUUGGACGAGACACUUUGAACAUGAGGAAACUCGCAUCUCCAAAGUUAAUUGCGUUCCUGGCCAUGUGCUGCUUUGGGUUUUUCUUCAAAAGCUUCAAAUCCAGUUACUUUGGCCCGAAUGGAGAGGUGGUGGAGAGCGGAGACGAGUUCGACGCGCCGGAUCGACAGGAAGAGGAGGUCAGGGGGGCGGAGCCUGUGGACCCAACCAGGAAGAAAAUCCAGGCCGUCAACAUGAGCAGCGUGGACCAGACUCUCAACUUCUUAGCUCGUCCGGACGUGCCCACACAGACCCCCUGGAAGGCCCCCAUCAUGUGGGAGGGCAUGUUCGAUGGAGCUGUGUACGAUAAAGCGCACAGAGAAGCCAACACCUCCGUGGCUCUCACCGUCUUCGCCGUCGGCAGAUACUUGGAGGCGUACUUGAAAAACUUCAUCAUCUCAGCAGAAAAACACUUCAUGAUCGGGAUUCCACUGACUUACUACAUAUUCACGGACACUCCCGAAGACGUCCCUGAGUUCGUCCUGGGUCCUGACCGCACCAUGAAAGUCCUGUACACCCAGGGCCACUCCCGAUGGCAAGACAUCUCCAUGAUGCGAAUGAAAACUCUAUCCCAGAUUAUCGACAAGGAGAUCAGCUACAAACACCCGUACGUCUUCUGCCUGGACGUGGACAGCAUUUUCGAAGCCCGGUUCGGAACGGAGGCGCUGGGCGAGUCCGUGACGGUUCUGCAUUCUUAUUACUACACCGUAAAACAAGAGGCUUUCACGUACGAUCGAAACCCAAAGUCGAAAGCGUACAUGGAGACUGGAGACUACUACUACCACGCUGCGUUGUUUGGAGGCACCUGGCCCAACGUCAAAGCUCUGGUGGAAUACUGCUACAACGGCAUCAUGGAGGAUAAGAAGAACAACGUGGAGGCGCUCUGGCACGACGAAAGCCAUUUGAACAAGUACUUCUGGCUCCACAAACCCACCAAGCUGCUCUCUCCAGAAUACUCCUGGGACGCGAUCUCGUUAAAAGACAGAAAGGACAUCCACGUGGCCAGAAUGAUCUGGGCCAAGAAGCGCUACGAUGUUCUGAGAGGAUAGUCGAUACCUUGCAGCUCGAUAUUCCCUGGGGGUGUGAUGCUAACUGGAGGCACUGCUCUGUCUGAAGCGCCGUUACUCAAGUUAGACUUUAAUCUUAACCAAAUCUGAGCAUAAAGAACUGAUUUACCUGGAACUACAAGUGAGAUGGUUUGUGCUGUUAAACAAGACUCUCACAUAACUUGGCCAACAGUUUUUCAGUUAGUCACUCUCUCUUUUUUUUUUUUAUUUUUUUAUCAAACUCAUGAAAAAUCCAAUCCAUGACAAAGGAAAAAUUCAAUUUGUCUACUGGACAAAAGACCCCACACUCUAGACCUAAAUAACUAACAUAAAAUGUAAACAAGUAGGUGUGUUAGUUUCAGAGUAGUUUCAGUGUAGUUAGCUCCUCCCUUCAGGCAGAUAUAAGAAAGUGUCCACCAGCAUUUUGACCAGAACUGAAGAAGCAGCUUGGAUGAGCUGAGAAACAUAUUCGACCAAAUAAACUUUUGUCCAGUUGACAAAUUGAAUUUCUCUUUUGCCUUUAAUCAAACUCCAAAACAAGAUCAUGAACACCACUCACAGGCUCUUAAAAAUGUGUUAUGACCUAAAUCAAAUUUUUUUCGAUCUUUUAAUGACAGUCUGAACAACACAGACUGUGCUCCUAAAACUGAUACAUAUCCGAUCUUUUGACAUGCGACUUCAGUCUGAACGGCCAAAGCGCAU